AUGUCCGAAGACCCAGCUUGGAAGUAUGGGAAAAAACUUAGUGGGACCAAUCGGAUUGCAGUUAUGUGUUUAUUUUGUGAUAAGAUAACUAAAGGAGGAAUCUUUUGCCACAAACAACAUCUUAUUGGUACUUAUAGCGAUGUUGCACGCUGUCUAAGAUGUCCGGAGAAUGUGAGGGAAGAAAUAAAAACAUAUGUCGAAGGAAAAAAGGAACUAAAACGUCAAAUGUUACAUCAACCAACUGUAACUAAUCUUGACGACGACGAUGAUGAAACAGAAGAAGGUGAAGCUGUUGAUUUGUCCGUUCGUUCAAAAUCACAAAAACGGACAACUUAUGGACCAACCUCCAGUGUGAAAGGUCCUUUAGAUUGCUAUUAUCAACCGAAGCCAACUGAUAACGUAGGGACAAGCGGCCAUUAUGGUGUUGGAAUGAAGCCGCCUACGUAUCAUGAAGUUAGUACCUCAUAUCUAGCUAAAGAAGUGGAAGCGACACAAAAAAUAGUGGAGGAUCAUCGGGUAGAAUGGAAGCAUUUGGGAUGUUCCAUUAUGAUGGAUAAGUGGAUGGCAAGAACGGGAAAAAUGAUCAUUAAUGUGUUAGUGAAUUCUCCAAAAGGAAGCUUAUUUCUUGAAUCUAUUGAUGCGAGUGACUCGUCUACUGAUUCCAUCAAGAUGUUCUCCUUGUUUCAGAGCACCAUUGAGAAGAUUGGACCAGAGAAUGUUGUUCAAGUUAUUACCGAUAAUGCAACUGAAAAUGUUAAAGCAGGUGCUAUGUUGAAGGGAGUGUUCCCGAACAUCUAUUGGACUCCAUGUGCAGCUCACUGUAUAAAUUUGAUGUUCGGGGAUAUUUUCAAGGAAAGACCCUUUAGAGGAGUUUUCACUAAGGCUGUUAGAGCGCAUUCCUACAUUGUUCAAAGGCCUUUGUUGUUGAACAUGAUGAGGAGAUUCACAAAACAAAAAAACUUGGUGAAACCUGGCAAAACUCGAUUUGCUACUGCUUUCUUGACCUUACACCGUAUGCAUAUACAAAAGGCCAAUUUGAGAAGCUUGUUCAUUUCGGAUGAAUGGAACAAUAGUAAAUUUGCAAAAGAAGUCAUGGGGAAAGUAGUUGCACUCAUAAUGAUGUCUUAUACUUUUUGGAAUAAUGUUGUUCAUGCUCUUAAAAUUGGUGGGCCGUUGAUUAAAGUACUUCAUUUGGUGGAUGGAGAACAAAAACCACCCAUGGGCUACCUUUUUGAAGCUAUGGAUAGGGUUAAGGACUCUAUACGAAAAUCAUUUAGUGACCCACAUAAGUAUGCAAAGGUCUUUGACAUCAUUGAUAAAAGAUGA